AUGCAAGCAGGAGUUGUUUACGAAGCAACUUGUCCACAAUGUGAAGUUCAUUAUAUCGGAAAAACUUUUCGCCAUUUUAAAACUCGUGUACAUGAACAUCUAAAUUAUCAAAAGCAAGAUGUAUGUUUUAAAAAAAUUGAAAAAUCAAAACAUACCGUCAAACGACCCAGAUCCAUAAUUAAAACACCUAUCGAACGUAAAGGACCAAUCACGCGAUCACAAACAGGAAAAUUACCAACAAGAACGAUUCAAACUACUCAAGAAGACAUCGGCAAACUCGUGAAAAAUCCUGAAAUAUUAGAAAAACGAAUAAGACAACAAACACCAAAAACGGCCAUUGCUAAACAUUACGACACGACAGGUCAUAUAUUUUCUAAUAAUGACUUCGCGAUCCGACUAAAAGAGAGUUGUUUUACAAUAUGUAAUUCACUUAAUAAUUAUUAUUUUCAUGUGUGUGUUUAUACACUCUAUUAUUGUAAUAUAUUAGAUUUAUUCAAAUCUGAUAUAAAUGGAAUUGUUUGUUCUUCUGGUUAUGUCUGA